AUGGAGUCUCAAACCCCAGAACAGCGACUCCGGUCGUGGUACGCCCAUGUGUGGGCUCCUAGAGUCGACCUGAUCGGUGACAUUGCCGGCAAAGAGCCAUUCCUUAUUCAUGGCGAGUCCCUGAUUCGACACUGUCUUGAAGAGUCACCCGCCGAUUUUCAAGAUGGGUUCCAAUUGCUGCAUGCUGUAUAUCUUGUCGAACGGUUCCUUAGCAAUCUUCAAAAGAGAGGAUGCGACUUUGACGUCGUCUUCUUCCGCGACCUAAGAGAUCUUUGCGUUCCUCGUCUCUCUGGCUUCGAAUACAAAUAUCAAUACGCAAGAAGGGUGAUUAUCAAGCAUCUGCAGAGACAUACUAAAGAAUGUGCCAACAAGUCUGGUACACGAUCUUCUAUUUUAGAAUUUGACUCCCUUCGCAGCCAGGAAUUCAGCAAUUACCUCCAGGGUUUGCCCAUUCAUUUUGUUUUAUGCCAUGAUGGGGAUGAUUCAGAAGAUGCCAAGGAUGCCACCAUCUUGCGGUAUAUUAUACGCUAUUUAAUCUCUCUUGGCAAGAAUGUAGCCAUUAUCAACUCGCUUAAGUGGAAGAGUUCAAAGGCAUAUGCAGCGUUGCUAAGCAAGUCGCCUGUGCAGCUGGCACCAUUGUCCAUUCUAAUGGAAUUCGAUUCACCAUUUACUCCACUAUUUGAUCAAAAGAAUGAUUGUAUCCAGCCUAUGCUCAUAGAGCUUCAGCAUUUGACCAUUCGAGAGCGUCUAGGCAUUACGGCCUGUCAAUCUCUAGUCAAGCUAUUGAAGGGCAACUUGGUGGCUCAGGUUGGCCUGGACGAGAGAAUACAAGCGUUUCUUCUCCAUCUCGCAGUCCUCAAGCACUGUACUCUGCUUGAGCGUCAGCAUUGGGUUGGACCACAAUGUGGCCAUCUAUACCCCGAAGACCGUGAAUUCUUGCGUCAGGUCAUUGAACUGUCAUGGAGGUUGCUGGAGAACGAUGAGUGGCUAGCCAGCAUGAAUAUUUCGGAAAACGAAUGGGAUCUGUAUGAUGCCAUUGAUGGAUCUUUAUUCCAUUUUAUGCUCGAGUCUCUCCGCUCUAGCCAGCGGCUUCCUAGUCAAAUCAUCCAGUCGUGGCAACACCUUUGGACAGCUUUUCGCGCAGGAACAGAUACUCAUUUCCCAGAGCAUCUCCCCCAACUUACCAAUAUUUCGGACGAAACGCCUCCAGGAGAGUCGAAUAUGUUGCGAGUAUCGGCUUUGCCGUUUAGCCACCCCGUGCUUGAUACUUUUCUCAAGGAUAUCCAACUGAAUGAGAGUCGAGAAAUACAGGAUUCAACCUCCCACUACGUCUUUGAGGAUCUUCACCAUUGGCAUAAUACCAAGAUGCUGUUGCCUCAGAGAAAAAUCCGGAAGCUUGGCUUUUUCGCGAGACAAAGGAUGCAAAAGCGCAUUGCUAGCGUGGUGGCAUACUCGGCGAGCCUUACAAACGCAAGAGGCAAGCUCAUUAACCCCGAAAUCGUGGUUGUGAAGAAGGUCGUGAAGAAGCCUGCAGUUGCGCAUAACCUCAAGAAUAAAGAUGCACAGACAAAAAAUGUCAGCCUUCAGCCCCAGGCAAAAUCCAAGAAGCCGGGACGCCAUGCAAACAAGCCAGGUGGUAAAGAGCUCGCACUAAGAGCUGCUCAAGAGCUUCAAGAGCAAAAGGCCUUGGUCAAGCGAGACAACACAAUCACCCUAUGGAUUCAAUGUUCCCACGAUGGCUUCAAACGUCCAAUCACACCCCAGGGAAUUUACUUUGUAUAA